AAAGCAGAUCGAACGCGACCCGGCGAUGGAUCGACGGCGGCGCCGGCUCCGGCGGUUUCGCGAGAUGGUGCGGCGGCGUGAGGCGGCGUUGCGUGGGUGACCCGGAGACUCCAACCAAAACGCUCCGGCCGAUCGAGAGCCUCUCCCGGAUCUGACGUCAGAUGAGGCCGUACCGUAACCACCUCGCUUUCUAUCACACAAACGGCUCGUUGGAUUGGGGGAGUCUCCUCUGCGCGACGGACAUGGCCUCCUCGCUCGUCUCGCGCACCCACCUCACUCCGCGCCCCGCCGCCGCCGCCUCGACGGCCUCUCCUUGCAGCGCCCGCUUCGCGGUCCGGCGGCGCCGUGGCCUCGUCGGCGGUGUGCGGUGCCAGGCGCAGGCGAGCGACAUGGACGGCCACUACAUGCGGCGGUGCGUGGAGCUGGCGCGCAAGGCGGCCGGACACACCAGCCCUAACCCCAUGGUCGGCUGUGUCGUUGUCCGCGACGGCCGCGUCGUCGGCGAGGGAUUCCAUCCCAAAGCCGGCCAGCCCCACGCCGAGGUGUUUGCUCUGAGAGAUGCUGGGGAUUUAGCAGAGAAUGCAACAGCCUAUGUGAGCUUAGAGCCCUGCAACCAUUACGGGCGGACACCUCCCUGCACUGAAGCACUCAUCAAUGCCAAAGUUAAAGAUGUUGUGGUGGGGAUGACUGACCCAAAUCCUAUUGUGGCAUCCAAGGGGAUUGAAAGGCUCAGAAGCGCCGGGAUAGAUGUGAGGUUGUGCGUGGAUGAAGAAGCGUCAUGCCGCAAGCUAAAUGAGGCUUACAUCCAUCGCAUGCUUACUGGGAAGGCCUUUGCAACUUUAAGAACUACACUCUCGAUGAAUGGAGUUGUCAUCAAUCAGAUUGGGAGUGGAGCUGAUCAACCAGAAGGAUACUACUCGCAGUUAUUGAAAGAAUACGAUGGAGUAAUAAUUUCAAGCAAUUUUGCCAAGACAAAUACCUUGCCUGUAUCCCGUGAAGCUGGUGCGAAGCAGCCUCUUUAUAUCAUCAUAGCGCAGUGCGAAAAUUCCCAAUUAAACAUUCCGUUUCUCAAAGAAGAGCGUGCAGCCGAGGCAGUAGUUCUGUCGGAUAGUCCUAUCACUGUGGAGCCAGCAGGAGUUGAUGUUUUAGUCCUUGAUCAGAUGAACCUGGAUGCCAUUCUUCAACUUCUUGCACAACGAGGGCUAUGUAGUGUGCUGGUGGAUUUCAGGGAGGCUGGAGGAGGCAUUGCAUCACUUCUGAACAAUUUUCAGGAUGACAAGCUGGUACAGAAGGUUGUUGUGGAGCUCCUGCCUGUCUGGGCGGUCAGCAAAGGGCCGAGCGACCUGGCGUUUGGUGGGAGCCAGUCAUUUCCACUGAAGGAUGUGGAGCACAGUGAGGUAAAUGGAUCCGUGCUGCUUCAGGGCUAUGUGUAACAAACUUUUUUGGUUCGAGGUUGAUCCUGCCCUGAGUAGCGCUGCAUAUUUUUACCUCUCACUCUCUCUCGUUCUGGCUCUGGUAAACUGUCCGUCAUGUAAACUUACCUGAAUCUGCAGUCAAUGCGGUGGUGCUCCUAGACAGGGAUCUGGUUCUUCUGAUUUUUACAGUAUCAUGCAAUAAAUCUAUGAGAGAACUGCGAAAUACUACUGUAUCUAGCACUGUUCGUUACUGUUUCGAAA